CAGCUAACAACUGUUCAUUAUUUUGUUUCUACAGCAAAGUGAAAGUAAUGUAUUCUUUUCACUCUAGCCCAGAAAAGGCUCUACACAAUUUUGUGUGAGGUGGAAUUCUGUUAGUGGUGUAGAGAAAAUUAAGUAAUCACAAUUGUGCCUGUAUUUUAGUGUUUGCAGAAGCCAGACCUCACCAGUGAUACGAAGGACAAGGAAUACAAACCCCACGAUAUUCCCCAGAGACAGUCUGUUCAGCCAUCUGAAACUUGUCCCCCUGCACGUCGAGCAAAACGCAUGAGAGCGGAGGCUACUAAUAUUAAAAUGGAGUCAGAUGAAACCCCAGAAGCCAAAACUCAUAAUUUGAGGCGCAGAAUGGGAUGUACACCUGCAAAUGAGAAGGAAAUGCCUGGCACAGUGAAACGAGAACCUGCUGAGAAAAGAGAACAAAGAGACUUGGAGAGAGAGAAAUCAAAAGGGCGCUCUAAAAAAAGCACUAAUGCAGUGGAUUUGUAUGUAUGUCUCUUAUGUGGCAGUGGUAAUGAUGAAGACCGUCUCCUGUUGUGUGAUGGCUGUGAUGACAGUUACCAUACUUUUUGUUUAAUUCCACCCCUUCAUGAUGUUCCCAAAGGGGACUGGAGGUGUCCCCAGUGUCUGGCUCAGGAGUGUAAUAAACCACAGGAAGCAUUUGGUUUUGAACAAGCGGCAAGAGACUACACACUUCGCACAUUUGGAGAAAUGGCCGAUGCAUUCAAGUCAGACUAUUUUAACAUGCCAGUACAUAUGGUUCCCACAGAGCUAGUUGAAAAAGAGUUUUGGCGACUUGUGAGCACCAUUGAAGAGGAUGUCACAGUGGAAUAUGGGGCUGAUAUUGCUUCAAAGGAGUUUGGCAGUGGCUUUCCAGUUAGAGAUAGAAAAAUUAAACUUAGGCCAGAAGAAGAGGAAUAUCUUGAUAGUGGCUGGAAUUUGAACAACAUGCCUGUGAUGGAGCAAUCUGUACUUGCUCACAUCACUGCAGAUAUAUGUGGAAUGAAAUUGCCCUGGCUUUAUGUAGGAAUGUGCUUUUCUUCAUUUUGCUGGCAUAUUGAGGACCACUGGAGCUAUUCCAUUAACUAUCUGCACUGGGGGGAACCGAAAACGUGGUAUGGAGCCCCGGGGUAUGCAGCUGAGCAGCUGGAAGAUGUAAUGAAGAAGCUGGCUCCCGAGUUAUUUGUGUCUCAACCUGAUCUUUUGCAUCAGCUUGUCACCAUUAUGAACCCAAAUACGCUGAUGGCCCACGGAGUGCCCGUUUACCGAACCAACCAGUGUGCUGGAGAAUUUGUGAUUACAUUUCCAAGAGCCUAUCACAGUGGCUUUAACCAGGGUUUCAAUUUUGCUGAAGCUGUGAACUUCUGCACAGUUGAUUGGCUGCCAUUGGGUCGCCAGUGUGUGGAACAUUAUCGCCUGUUAAACCGCUACUGUGUUUUUUCUCAUGAUGAGAUGAUAUGUAAAAUGGCUUCCAAAGCAGACGUCCUUGAUGUUGUGGUAGCUUCUACUGUUCAGAAAGACAUGGCUAUUAUGAUUGAAGAUGAAAAGGCUUUACGAGAAGCUGUGCUUAAACUGGGAGUGACUGAUUCCGAGAGGAUGGCUUUUGAAAUGUUGCCAGAUGAUGAGCGCCAGUGCAUAAAGUGUAAAACCACUUGCUUCAUGUCUGCUGUCUAUUGCUCAUGUAAACCUGGUUUACUGGUAUGCCUGUAUCACGUAGAAGAUCUCUGCUCCUGUCCCACCUUUAAAUAUACAUUGGGAUAUCGAUAUAAACUAGAUGAUCUCUAUCCAAUGAUGAAUGCACUGAAAUUGCGUGCAGAAUCCUACAAUGAAUGGGCUUCAAAAGUAGAUGAAGCUUUGGAGGCAAAAAUUAACAAUAAAAGAAGCCUCAUCAGUUUUAAGGCUUUGAUAGAAGAAUCAGAAAUGAGAAAGUUUCCAGAUAAUGAUCUACUGCGACACCUCCGAUUAGUUACUCAGGAUGCAGACAAAUGUGCCUCAGUUGCACAGCAACUUCUUAAUGGCAAAAGACAAACAAGAUAUCGUUCUGGUGGAGGAAAAUCCCCAAAUCAGCUGACUGUGAAUGAGCUUCGGUUGUUUGUAAGACAGCUGUAUGCGCUACCCUGUGUCCUCAGUCAGACUCCAUUACUGAAGGAUCUUCUUAAUCGUGUGGAAGCUUUCCAACAGCAUAGCCAAAAACUUCUCUCUGAAGAAAUGCCCAGUGCUGCAGAACUGCAGGAGCUAUUGAAUGUCAGCUUUGAGUUUGAUGUUGAUCUUCCACAGCUAGCAGAACUGCGGAUCCGUCUGGAGCAGGCACGCUGGCUGGAAGAUGUACAGCAAGCUUGCUUGGAUCAAAGCUCCCUUACUCUGGAUUAUAUGAGACGACUCAUAGACUCAGGCGUUGGACUAACUCCUCAUUCAGCAAUUGAGAAAGCAAUGGCUAAACUGCAAGAACUUCUUACUGUGUCUGAACACUGGGAUGACAAGGCCAGAAAUCUGAUAAAGGCCAGACCACGACAGUCAGUAAGCAGUCUUGCGGCAGCAGUCAAGGAGAUAGAGGAGAUUCCUGCCUAUCUCCCAAAUGGUAUUGCUCUGAAAGAUGCGGUACAGAAGGCCAAAGAUUGGCUACAGGAAGUGGAGGCCCUGCAGGCUGGAGGACGUGUGCCCGUGCUAGACACACUUGUGGAACUUGUGGCGAGAGGUCGCUCUAUCCCGGUACAUCUGGACUACCUGCCAAGGCUAGAGUCUUUAGUGGCAGAUGUUCAAGCUUGGAAGGAGUGUGCAGCCAAUACAUUUCUGACAGAGAACUCCCCUUACUCACUUCUAGAGGUCUUGUCUCCCAGAUGUGAUAUUGGACCACUGGGUCUUAAAAGGAAACAGAAGAAAUUAAAGGAGCCAGUGCCAAAUGGAAAGAAGAGAGGGACCAGGCUGGGGAGUCUUUGUGAUCUGGAAAGAGCUCUGUGUGAGAGUAAGGAGACGGCCUCUGCGGUCCAACUCUACACAGCUUUUGGCCUUUCUCACUCUAUCUCUACAUUCUCUGACUUCACUAAGAUGGCCGCACUUGGGGAAGCCCGUUUAAAGGAGAUGGAGGCACUGCGUUCUCUGAGAGCAGCAAAUGAAGGGAAGGUGCUAUCUAAUGAAGAUGAUGCAGAGAUGAAAGUUUGCCUUUGCCAGAAAGAGCCAGCGGCACCAAUGAUACAAUGUGAACUCUGCAGAGCGGUCUUUCAUACCAGCUGUGUUUCAGUGCCCAGUAUUUUUCAGGGACCUUGUGUUUGGCUCUGUCUUCACUGCCAUAGAUCAGAAAAGCCACCUUUAGAAAAAAUCCUCCCUUUACUGGCUUCCCUGCAGCGUAUCCGUGUGAGGCUUCCUGAGGGAGAUGCUUUACGGUAUAUGAUAGAGAGAACUGUGAACUGGCAGCACAGAGCACAACAAAUGUUAUAUUCAGGGAAUCUAAAACUUAUACAAGACAAAAUUGGCUCAGGAUUAUUGUACAAUAGAUGGCAAGCCACAGCAUACCAGUUGCCAGAGACAAACAAGGUAUCUCAGACAAUUGAUGCAAUGUCUUUUUCUCUGCCUCAUGACUGGGAUAACAGAACCAUGUAUUUACAUUCUCCCUUUUCUUCAAGACAGAACUGCAUUCCCUUUCAUGCCAUUAGCGCAGAGCUGGAUGAGCUGCUGAUGGAGGCCCAUUUGCUACAGGUUUCACUGCCUGAAAUACAAGAGCUCUACCAGAUCUUACUCACAAAGCACAGCCCUGUUCUGCAAACAGAACAGAGGUCAGCAAUAGGACCAACAAGUGAAAAGAACGAGUGCUGCCGGGGGAAGAAAGAUGGAGUUGGUUCUGUGGAGAGAAAAUUAAAGAGGCGCUUUGAAAGAGAGGGCUUCUGUGGUGAGAAGAGAGCAAGAGUAAAAAAACUGAGAACACCCAAAAAGAAGAAAUUGAAACUGAAUCCCUCCAAGGAUCUCAGCAAUAGCAAACUGGAGAGAGAGCGAGAACGGCUUUUUGAGGCGCAGCACUCCAGCGAAAGCCACUUGCUUCCCUUGGAUAUGUCGUUCUCUGAGCAGGAGGACUCGGAGGAUGAAGAUGCAAUCUGCCCUGCGGUGAACUGCCUGCAGCCUGAAGGAGAUGAGGUGGAUUGGGUCCAGUGUGAUGGCAGCUGCAAUCAGUGGUUCCAUCAGGUAUGUGUGGGCAUUUCUCCUGAGAUGGCAGAGAAGGAAGACUACAUCUGCAUCAGCUGUACUGGGAAGGACUCUCAAUAUUGAAAGUAAAACUCACCAGAAGUCAGUCAGGACUCCAUUAAGGAAGGUUAUCAGAAUUUCUCCAUAAAGUCACAGGGCUAGUUUAAGAGCCAGGCUGCAAAUGGUGCUACUUCUAUCCUCAUGGGAUCAUUUUUCAGAACUCAAACAAUUUUUGACACUUUUGUAUUUUUUCUCUUGAGCUAUUUGUGGUUGUUGAGAUUUGAAAUGCUGACUGUUUAGUAGGGGUUUCCUCCAGUUUGGAAGGCAUUUGAAACAUGCACCUUUUAUUGUACAGCAUUAAAUUACCUCUCUCUGGGAUAUACCAGCAUACAUAAUUCAACUUCGUUUAGGUGCAGAAAAACUGCACCAUGAAUCCCAAUAGAUCCUCUUUUGAGGAUAUCCCUUGUUUACUCUGUUAACUCUGUUUACUCUUUGGAAACUUUUAGUUUUUUUCACUUUGUAUUUUUUUUGUAGACUAGGUUUAUUUAUCUGAGCAAUAACUUCUAUGUCUGGUUGCAGUGACUGGAAUUACAAUUCUGAACAGCGUGUUGGUGCUUUUAGCAUUGGUUGAUGUACAGAAAGCAAAUGUUUAGGUCCUAGUGUCACUGAUGGACUAGCGUGGUAGAAGACAGAAAAAGCUCUGUAAAGUAAUUGCCACUGCUGUAUUUUGGCUUUCUCCUUUUUUGGGUAUCUUGUAUCAAAUGUUGCAGUUUCUAUUGUGGAAUAAACCCCUGGUUAUGUUAUAAAAUUAAAUGGUGAUGUUUUUAGAGAGCUUGAAA